AUGGCUGCAACUUUGGUGGGAGGUGCAUUUCUCUCUGCUUCUGUUCAAACAAUAAUGGACAGGCUAACAUCACCAGAGUUUCGAAAUUUCAUCAACAACAAGAAGCUGAACUUAUCACUUUUGAAGCAUUUAGAGACAACACUUCUCACUCUUCAUGCUGUUCUUGAUGAUGCUGAGAAGAAGCAGAUCAACAAUCUUCCUGUCAAACAAUGGCUUGAUGAGUUGAAAGAUGCAAUAUAUGAUGCUGAGGAUUUGCUCAACCAGAUCAGUUAUGAUUGCCUUAGAAGCAAGGUGGAGAAUAGUAAUACACAAGCUGAAAACAUCACUGGUCAGGUUUGGAAUUUCCUUUCAUCUCCUUUUCAAAACUUGUAUGGAGAGAUCAAUUCCCAAAUGAAGAGUAUGAUUGAAAGGCUCCAACUUUUUGCACAACAAAAAGAUAUCCUUGGGUUGCAAACUGUAAGUGGUAGGGUUUUUCUUAGAACACCUUCAAGUUCACUAGUAGAUCAAUCUUUCAUGGUUGGUAGGAAGAGUGAUAAAGAGAAACUAACUAAUAUGUUGCUAUCAGAUGUUAGCACUGUCAAUGAUAAUAUUAAUGUUGUUUCAAUUUUCGGCAUGGGAGGUGUCGGUAAAACAGCCCUAGCUCAACUUCUUUACAAUGAUAAAGAUGUUCAAGAACGUUUUGAUGUAAAAGCUUGGGUUUGUCUGUCCGAAGAGUUUGAUGUUUUGAGGGUAACCAGAACUUUACUUGAAUCUAUCACUUCAAAUGUUCAGGAAAGUGAUAAUCUUGAUUUUCUUCGAGUCAAAUUAAAGCAAAACUUGAAGGGAAAAAGAUUUUUGUUUGUGUUGGAUGACAUGUGGAAUGAUAGCUAUAAUGAUUGGCAUCAUCUAGUCACUCCCUUCAUUGAUGGAGAAUCUGGAAGUAGGGUGAUUAUCACAACACGUCAAUAAAAAGUUGCCGAGUUCACCCAUACCUUUCCUAUCUAUAAAUUAGAACCUCUAUCAGAUGAUGAUUGCUGGUCUUUACUCUCAAAGCAUGCAUUUGGAAGUGAAGAACUUUGUGGCCGUAAAUACCCAAGCCUAGAAGCAAUUGGUAGGAAGAUUGCAAAAAAGUGUUGCGGAUUGCCAAUAGCUGCCAAAACACUUGGAGGACUUCUACGCUCAAAAGUGGAUGCGAAAGAGUGGAGUGCAAUUUUAAACAAUGACAUAUGGAAUUUUCCAAAUGAUAAUGUUCUCCCUGCCUUGCUUUUGAGUUAUCAAUAUCUUCCUUCUCAUUUGAAAACAUGUUUCGCUUAUUGUUCAAUUUUCCCAAAGGAUUAUCCUCUUGAUAGGAAGCAAAUGGUUUUGCUGUGGAUGGCUGAAGGCUUCCUUGAACAUUCUCAAGGAGAAAAAGCAAUGGAGGAAGUUGGUGAUGACUACUUUGUUGAAUUGUUAUCUAGAUCGUUAAUUCAACAAUCGCACGAUGAUUUUGGAAGACAGAAGUUUCUCAUGCAUGAUCUUGUCAAUGAUUUAGCUACAAUUGUAUCUGGAAAAAGUUGUUGCAGGCGUGAACAUGGUGGCAACAUCUCUGAAAAUGUCCGCCAUUUUUCAUAUAACCAAGAAGAGUAUGACAUUUUCAAGAAGUUUGAAAUUUUUUAUGAUUUCAAAUGCUUGCGAAGCUUUCUUCCCAUUGGUCUCUGGUGGCGACAAUGUUACUUGUCUAAACAGGUUGUUGAUGAUGUGAUACCCACACUUAGAAGGUUGCGUGUGUUAUCGUUAUCUGGUUAUAGAAACAUCGCCAUGCUACCGGAUUCAAUUGGCAGUUUGGUGCAGUUGCGGUAUCUUGAUCUAUCCAACACCAGAAUUGAAAGCUUGCCUGAUACAACAUGUAACCUUCACAAUUUGCAAACAUUGAUUUUAUCAUAUUGCUAUCAUCUCAUUGAAUUACCGGUACAUAUUGGAAAGUUAAUUAAUUUACGUCACCUAGAUAUUAACUGGACGAACAUAAAGGAGAUGCCAAUGGAGAUUCUUGCACUAGAAAACCUUCAAAUUUUAACAACUUUUGUAGCAGGAAAGCAAGGAGAGGGGUUAAGUGUGAAAGAGCUUGAUAAGUUUCCUAACUUAUGGGGAAAACUUUGCAUCCAAAAGCUCCAUAAUGUCAUUGAUGUUGCUGAGGCAUAUGAGGCCAACUUGAAGAGCAAAGAACACAUUGAGGAGUUAGUGCUACUAUGGGGCGAACCAACCGAAGAUUCACAAACUUCAAAAGCAGUACUUGAUGCAUUGCAACCACCGAUUAACUUGAAGAAACUGAGCAUCGACUUCUAUGGAGGAACAAGUCUUCCAUGUUGGCUCGGAGAUUUUUCAUUUUCUAACAUGGUGACCCUUUUCAUCAGUAAUUGUACAUAUUGUAUAACGAUUCCACCAAUAGGGCAGCUACCUUCUCUCAAGGACUUGACUAUUAGAGGCAUGACAUUGGAGACAAUUGGUGCAGAGUUCUACGCCAUGGCAGGAGGUGGUUCCAGUUCAUCGUUCCAACCAUUUCCAUCCUUGGAAAUUUUGGAAUUUCAGAACAUGCCAAAUUGGAAGGAAUGGCUUCCCUUUAUUGGCAAUAAAUUUCCUUUUCCUCAUCUUAAAUCUCUCAUGUUAAUCCAGUGUCCUAAACUGAGUGGAUACUUGCCAAACCAUCUUUUUCCAUAG